AUGUUCAAGUACAUCGUUCUGGCAGCGGCGGCGGCGACGUUGGUCGUGUGCGACGACCACACGACCGUCAAACAGGACCGCGGCGACUUCAAGAAGUCCCUGUCGAGGGACUGCGCCAACAGCUACUCCCUAACGUGCCUGAAGCUGGACGUCGUCUCCUACGUGGACAAGCUGAACGAGGACGACAACAUCAGUGUGGUACCCGGUGUGACGGUGGUGCGCGAGAACGGCAGUGCCCGUGCCAACACGGCCGACCUGGUGGCCGACCUGGCCCGCGACUUCCCCAACGACCCCGAAGCCCGAUUGGACGCGUUCAUGACGAAGAAGCUGACCAACUACCUGAACACGCACUCCAUCAAGCUGAACCUGAUGGACACGGUGUCCGGCGCCGAGACCGCCAGGAAAGGGGGCGGCGGCGGUUUGGGCGGCGGCAAGAAGGGAGGCGGCGGAUUGGGCAUGCUCUUGGCGGCCGGCGCCAUGAUGAAGGGCACGCUGAUGGCGCUGGCGUUGGGUGGCUUGGCCGCCUUGGCCGGUAAGGCUCUGAUGACCGGUCUGAUUUCGUUGAUGCUGUCGGCCAUCAUCGGACUGAAGUCGCUGACCAGCGGCGGCGGCAAACAGACGACAUACGAGAUCGUUUCGAAGCCGGUGUACUCGCACUCGUCGUCGCACUCGUCCGCCCACGAGGACCAUGGAGGACACUACGGACAUUCGUCGUACGGAAGGAGCUUCGACAUGCCUCUGCCACUUGGUCUCCAGCCCGACUACAAACCACCUCAAUAGUUUGCCUUGCUUAAUUAUUUAUUUUUAUUUAUUUAUUUUUAAUAAAUUAUUUAUUAAAUCGUUGUUUUCUAUAAAUUGAGUAUUAUUUAAUUUUCAAUACAUU